CCGCGCGCGGGGUGAGGCCACCGCCACAGAACGCGGGGGGGGGAGAAGGGACGCGAACCCCCCCCCCCCCCGCCGCCCCUCCCCCCCUUCCCACCCCUCCCCCCCCUCAACCGACGACCCCCCCCCUUUCCCCUCCCCUCCCCCCACCGCCGCAGCCCAGAGCUCCGGACCCCCCCUGAAGCCUGACGUGAGCCCCCCACCCACCCCGAUCCCUACACACACACCCCAAACCCCUCCCCCUCCUCUUUCCAGGGGGGGAGGGGACCCCUAAAUCUUUGUUUCCCCCCCCCCUUCCCCGCCGUCCUUCUCACGGUGCCCCCACCCCCCCCAAAAUGGCCGACCCCAUCAUGGACCUCUUCGACGACCCGAAUCUUUUCAGCCUCGACCCCCUGACGGACGAAACCUUCGCUCCCCCCUCCCACGACCCCAUCGAAGAAGCUUUAGGUUUAUCCGGGGCUUUAGACCCCCCCCAAAAUCCUCCAGCCCCCCCAGAAUCUUCCGGUCCCCCUCCAGAAGAUCCUUUACCCCCCCAAAAUCCUCCCGACCCCCAACAAUCUCAACUCGCCCCCCCAUCCGACCAAGAAAUCCUCAGUCAAGGCAACCCCUUUAUGGGGGUGUCCGCUGCUUUGCCCCCCACCCCUUCUUCAUCAUCUGGGGUCCCUCAACCCCCCAAAAUCGUCAUCCUCAAAGCCCCCCCAACGGGGGGGCCCCCCCAAUCGCCCGCCAUUCCCCCCCCAGGAGGUGGGGCGACCCCCAACGGGGGGAAAGUGACUUUCGCCAAGGUUUUAACCGGAACCCCCCAACUUCGUCCCGGCGUUUCCAUCGUUACCGGUAACGCCGCCACGGUUUUAAGCGGCAAAGUGACUCCCGCCGGAACGGGAGGGGCUACCGGAACCGCCCCCCCCGCCGCCGCCGCCGCCGUUCACCGAUUGGUUCAACCGGGAAGACCCGUCAAGCAAUUGGUGUUGCAACCGGUCAAGGCGGGGGGAGCCGGGACCCCCCUAAAACCUGCCGUCACCCUCACGUCGGCGCCGGCGCAGGGCGAAUCGAAACGCAUCACCUUGGUUCUCCAGCAACCUCCGGGCGGUAACGCUCCUCCAGGUCAACGCCACGUGGUGUUGGGUAGUUUACCGGGCAAGAUCGUCUUGCAAGGCAACCAACUGGCCGCCCUCGGUCAAGCCAAAGGAACGCCGGGUCAACCAGCCAAGGUGGUCACCAUCCAACUCCAAGUUCAACAACCUCCCGCUGGCCAACCGGGUGCCCCCCAGAAGAUCCAGCUCCUCCAACAACCCGCCGGCGCCGGCGGACAACCGGCUCCCGUUGCCGUCUCUUCCGUGCCGCAGGUGGUGGGGGGCGCGGGGCAGAGGUUGACGGUGCCGUUGAAGGUGGUCUUGCAGCCCCAGGCUGGUUCAUCUCAGGGCGGUUCUCCUGGUCUCUCGGUGGUGAAGGUCCUGAGCACCAGCGAGGUGGCCGCCCUGGCCACCCCGGGCUCGCGUGGUGCCUCAGAAGAAAGCCGUAAACUGGAACACCAGAAGAAGCAGGAGAAGGCCAACCGUAUCGUGGCCGAGGCCAUCGCCCGCGCCCGAGCUCGGGGCGAGCAGAACAUCCCCCGUGUCCUCAACGAGGACGAGCUCCCGAGCGUCCGGCCGGAGGAGGAAGGUGAACGCAAACGCCGACGCAAAGGGACCGGCGAACGCGGUGGACACAAGGAGGAGAGACCUCGCAAGGGUAAAGGUCAAGGUGGUUCCGGCAAGAGCAAAGGCCGAAGCAAACCCAGCACCAUCACGCCGGUGGUGGGCAAGAAACGGAAGCGCAACGCCUCCUCCGACAACUCCGACGCCGAGGUGAUGCCGGCGCAGUCGCCGCGGGAGGAAGAAGAAACCAGCGUCCAGAAGCGACGGUCAAAUCGGCAGGUCAAGCGGAAGAAGUACACCGAAGAUUUGGACAUCAAGAUCACCGAUGAUGAGGAGGACGAAGAGUUGGACGUAACAGGGCCGAUUCGACCGGAGCAACCGCCGGUCCCUCAACCCCCCGUCCCAGAACCGGAGCCGGAGGGCGAGACGUUGCCCUCCAUGCAGUUUUUUGUGGAAAACCCCAGCGAGGAGGACGCGGCCAUCGUGGAUAAGGUCCUCUCCAUGAGGGUGGUGAAGAAAGAGCUUCCGUCGGGGCAGUUGACGGAGUCGGAAGAGUUUUUCGUCAAAUAUAAGAACUACUCCUACCUCCACUGCGAGUGGGCCACCAUCGACCAACUGGAGAAAGACAAGAGGAUCCACCAAAAGCUGAAGCGUUUCAAGACGAAGAUGACUCAGAUGCGACAUUUUUUCCACGAGGAUGAAGAACCCUUCAACCCCGACUACGUAGAGGUGGACCGCAUCUUGGACGAGUCCCACAGCGUCGACAAAGACAACGGGGAGCCGGUGGUCUACUACCUGGUGAAGUGGUGCUCCUUACCCUACGAGGACAGCACUUGGGAGCUCAAGGAGGACGUAGACGAGGGGAAAAUCGGGGAAUUCAAACGUAUCCAAGCCCGACACCCGGAACUCAAGCGCUUGGCCCGUCCUCAAGCCGGUUCCUGGAAGAAACUGGAGCUCUCCCACGAGUACAAGAACCACAACCAGCUUCGCGAGUACCAACUGGAAGGGGUCAACUGGUUGCUCUUCAACUGGUACAACAGGCCAAACUGCAUCCUGGCCGACGAGAUGGGCUUGGGCAAGACCAUCCAAUCCAUCGCUUUCCUACAAGAGGUCUACAACGUUGGUAUCCGCGGUCCUUUCUUGGUCAUCGCCCCGCUCUCCACCAUCACCAACUGGGAACGGGAGUUCAACACCUGGACGGAGAUGAACAGCAUCGUCUACCACGGCAGUUUGGCUUCUCGGCAGAUGAUCCAACAGUACGAGAUGUACUGCAAGGACUCGCGGGGUCGUCUCAUCCCCGGAGCCUACAAAUUCGACGCGCUCAUCACCACCUUCGAGAUGAUCCUCUCCGACUGCCCCGAGCUGCGAGAGAUCGAGUGGCGUUGUGUCAUCAUCGACGAGGCCCACCGCUUGAAGAACCGCAACUGCAAAUUGCUCGACAGCCUCAAGCACAUGGACCUGGAGCACAAAGUUCUCUUGACGGGCACCCCGCUGCAAAACACGGUGGAAGAGCUCUUCAGUCUCCUGCACUUCCUGGAACCCUCCCAGUUCCCUUCUGAAGCAGAGUUCCUCAAGGACUUUGGAGACCUCAAGACGGAGGAGCAGGUGCAGAAGCUCCAGGCCAUCCUCAAGCCCAUGAUGCUCCGUCGGUUGAAGGAGGACGUGGAGAAGAACCUGGCGCCCAAGCAGGAGACCAUCAUUGAGGUGGAGUUGACCAACAUUCAGAAGAAAUACUACCGGGCCAUCCUGGAGAAGAACUUCUCCUUCCUCUCCAAGGGUGCCGGUCACACCAACAUGCCCAACCUGCUCAACACCAUGAUGGAACUCCGCAAGUGCUGCAACCACCCCUACCUCAUCAACGGCGCGGAGGAGAAGAUCUUGGCGGAAUUUCGGGAAUCUUGUCACCACCACGUGCCCCACGACUUCCACCUCCAGGCCAUGGUCCGCUCGGCCGGCAAACUGGUGCUCAUCGACAAGCUGCUGCCCAAGCUGAAGGCCGGUGGCCACAAGGUGCUCAUCUUCUCCCAGAUGGUGCGUUGCCUCGACAUCUUGGAGGACUACCUCAUCCAGAAGAGGUACCUCUACGAACGGAUCGACGGCCGGGUGAGGGGCAACCUACGACAAGCGGCCAUCGAUCGCUUCAGCAAACCCGACUCGGAUCGUUUCGUCUUCCUCCUCUGCACGCGGGCGGGUGGCUUGGGCAUCAACCUCACCGCCGCCGACACCUGCAUCAUCUUCGACUCCGACUGGAACCCCCAAAACGAUCUCCAGGCUCAAGCGCGGUGUCAUCGGAUCGGGCAGAGCAAAGCGGUGAAGGUCUAUCGCCUCAUCACGAGGAACUCCUACGAACGGGAGAUGUUCGAUAAGGCCAGCCUCAAGUUGGGGCUCGACAAGGCGGUGCUGCAGUCCAUGAGCGGCCGAGAGGGCAACAUCGCGGGGAUCCAGCAGUUCUCCAAAAAGGAGAUCGAGGACCUGCUGCGUAAAGGGGCCUACGCGGCCAUCAUGGAAGAGGAUGAUGAAGGUUCCAAGUUCUGCGAGGAGGACAUCGACCAGAUCCUGCUGCGCCGUACCACCACCAUCACCAUCGAGAGCGAGGGGAAGGGUUCCACCUUCGCCAAGGCGAGCUUCGUGGCUUCCGAAAACCGUACCGACAUUGCCUUGGAUGAUCCCAACUUCUGGCAGAAGUGGGCCAAGAAAGCCGACCUGGACCUGGACCUCCUGAACAGCAAGAACAACCUGGUGAUCGACACGCCGCGGGUGCGGAAGCAGACGCGACACUUCAGCACUCUUCGGGACGAUGACCUGGUGGAGUUCUCGGACCUGGAGAGCGAGGAUGAGGAGAGACCUCGAUCCCGACGCCACGACCGGCAUCACCACGCCUUGCAUCACGCCUACGGUCGCACCGACUGCUUCCGCGUGGAGAAGCACCUCCUGGUUUACGGCUGGGGCCGAUGGCGGGAGAUCCUGUCCCACGGGCGGUUCAAGCGACGCCUCUCGGAGCGAGACGUGGAGACCAUCUGCCGGGCCAUCUUGGUCUACUGUCUCCUUCACUACCGAGGUGACGAGAACAUCAAAGGCUUCAUCUGGGACCUCAUCAGCCCCACCGAGAACGGCAAGGCCAAGGAGCUCCAAAACCACUCGGGUCUUUCCAUCCCGGUUCCUCGAGGUCGGAAAGGGAAGAAGGUGAAGUCCCAAAGUACCUUUGAUGUCCACAAAGCCGAGUGGAUCCGCAAGUACAACCCCGACACCCUCUUCCAAGACGAGAGCUACAAGAAACAUCUCAAGCACCAAUGCAACAAGGUUCUCCUGAGGGUACGGAUGCUCUACUACCUGCGGCAGGAGGUGAUCGGGGACCAGGCGGAGAAGGUGCUGGCGGGGGCGGUGGCCAGCGAGAUCGACAUCUGGUUCCCGCUGGUGGAGCAACUGGAGGUUCCCACCGCCUGGUGGGACGCCGAAGCCGACAAAUCCCUCCUCAUCGGCGUCUUCAAACACGGUUACGAGAAGUACAACACGAUGCGCGCCGACCCCGCGCUCUGCUUCCUGGAGAAGGCCGGCCGCCCCGACGAGAAGGCUAUCGCUGCCGAGCAGCGCUUGGACGUCGGGGAAGGGGUGGAUUUCGAGAAGGACUGCGAGGACCCCGAGUACAAACCCUUGGCGGGGGCGGCCAAGGAAGCGGACGACGAGGGUGACCCCUUGAUGCUGCUGGACGAGGAGAUCUCGGUGGUGGACGGGGACGAAGGCCACCCCCCCCAAACGGGCCACCCGCCCUGGCCCCCCGGCUCGGUGCUGACGGCGCGGUUGCGUCGGUUGAUCGCGGCGUGCCAGCGCUCCUACCAGCGGGAGCAGCUCCGCGUGGAGGCGGCCGAACGCGGCGACCGACGGCGCCGCCGCUGCGAAGCCGCCUGCAAGCUCAAGGAGAUGGCCAGGAGGGAGAAACAGCAGAGGUGGACCCGUCGAGAACAGGCCGAUUUCUACCGGGUGGCCUCGAGUUUUGGGGUGGAGUUUGAUCCCGAGGGUGGUCGUUUCCGGUGGGGUCGGUUCCGGACUUUGGCCAGGUUGGAGAAGAAGACGGACGAGAACCUCACCAAGUUCUUCCACGGUUUCGUCGCCAUGUGCCGGCAGGUUUGCCGACUGCCGCCCGCCCCUGGAGACGAACCUCCGGACCCCUCCAUCCCCGUCUCGCCCGUUUCCGCCGUCCGAGCUUCUCGUGGUCUUCGUCGCCUGUCCCUCCUCCGUCUCCUUCGCGAGCAGGUCCUCCGUCACCCGUUGCUCCCCGCCCGCCUGGCCCUUUGUCCCCCGCCCGGCCCGGACCUUCCGCCGUGGUGGGAACGUGGUCACCACGAUGGAGAACUUCUCCGCGGCGCGGCUCGGCACGGUUUGGCGCGUCCCGAAACGACGAUUUUGGGGGACCCCGAUUUUUCCUUCGCGACGGCGAGGUGGCGUUAUCUUCGAUCUCGAGCCGAGGUUGGUGGGACCCCACCUCCUCAGCCCCCCCAAAAUGUCCUCGGCCGUCCCACCCCGCCGCCUCCGACCGAGGAUGAAGAUUCCGAGCUGGAGAAGUUGUCGGCGUCCGUUUCCGAAUCGUCUUCUUGCGAUGAGGACAGCGAGGAGGAGAGGGGCCCGGAGCCUUCCUGUAGGGCGGAGGAAGAGGAAGAAGAGGAGGAAGAGGAAGAGGAAGAAGAGGAGGAAGAAGAAGAGGAAGAGGAAGAGGGGUCCCCCCCAACUUCCGGCGAGGGGGGGCCCCCCCCUCCCCCGCCCCUCCCCCACCUCCACGAGUGGCCCAAGGAACGAGCCCUGAUCCGCCGCUUGGACCUGAUCUGCCGGGCCGUCCUCGCCGACGAUUUCGGGGGGACCCCCGGGGGAGGGGGAGGAGGAGGAGGAGGAGGAGGGGGGGGGUACCCCCAAAUCCCCCCCCCCGCCCCCGCCGAACCCCCACUUUACCCGCCCCGCCCCCGCCACCCGGAGAAGGAAUUCACCGUCCAGAUCAAAGACGAGGAAGGGUUGAAGUUGACUUUCCAGAAGCAGCGGCUGGCGCCCAACGGGGCGCUGCGCGACGGCCCCCCGAAAAAAACCAGCAAGAAAUUGGUGGAGCUGGAGCUGCGCUGCCUCGAGGGGUUACGGGAAGCGGGGGGGGGGGACCCCGAAAAUCGCGUCCCUCCCCCCAAGGAGACGCCGCCCCUCCCCCCCCCGCCGCCGCGCCCCGAUUUCGCCGUCGACCCCCGGUUCCUCCCGCCUUUCCUCCCCUCCCCCCCCGCCCCUCCCCCCGCCGCAGGCCUGGCCCUCUCCAAGAUGGCGGCGCUGCUGGGGGGAGGGGCGGGGGGCGGGGCCUCCUUCCCGCCCCUCCCCCCACCUUUCCGCCCGCCCCUCCCCCACCCGGAAGAGGAAGAGGACGACGACGAGGAGGAAGAGGAAGAGGAAGAGGAAGCGGCGCCCUUCCCCCUCCUGGCCGACCCCAUGCUGCCCCCCACCUCCGACUCCGACUGAUUAAUUCGUUAAUUAAUUAAUUAAUGAAUGGAGGGGGGGGGGGGGGGGAGG